UCAUUAUCUGCAAAUAUAUCAUAUUAUUAAAUAUUUAAAUCAAUUUUUUCAUUUAAAUAUGUUUUAAUGAAUAUGACAAAUAUUUUGUUUAUCUUCAAACAUUUAGAUAUAUUAACAUAACUUUUUUACAUAAAAAUAAAAAGCAUUUUUAAUUUUCUAAUCUACAAACUAAAAUCCCAAUUUAAAAUAUUUCACCAUAAUAUACUAAUUUGAUUAAACUAAGAUAUGUAUAUAUAUAUAUAUAUAUAUAUAUAUAUUUCGUUUUUCUAUUUUGAUUAUGGUUCAUCAUAUAUGUGAAUAUUACAUUGAUCAUUAAUAUUUUAAUUUAAAUAUACAUACAAAUAUCUUUAAAUAAAUGAAAGAUGUCAUUUUUUUUUAAAAUAAAUUUUACAUGAAUAAUAUAUUUUACAUGAAUUAAUAAAAAAAAAACUAAAAUAAAAUAAUAUUUUUUAAAUUUUUAUAUUUUCAUGAUUAAUCAUAUAAUUGAACCAAUAUACAUAAUUCUUAUACAAAAUGUAAUCAAACAAAAAUAAAAAAGUCACCAAUUAUAAUUGUCAAACUAACAAUAUAUUUGUCUGAAAAUCUUAUUAAAUGUGAAUGAUAUGUUUUGUUUGAUAAUAUUUUGAUAAGUAUAUAUAUUUUUAAUAGUAAUGAUCAAUAUUAGAAAGUUAUGAUAUCUAGCUAUUUUAGAAAACAAAUUUUACAUCGAUUCGCUUUUAAAAUUAUCUAUCAAUAGAUUUAAAAGAAAAUGUAUUAAACAAUAUAUAAGGGAAAACUAAUUAAUGUAUCAGUGUUUAAGAAACCGCUAGUCUCUAAAUAUGCGGUGACUCAACGUCUAACGCAUAGAACGAUUAAUCGAAUGUCUAGAUUAUUAGUUAGACGACUUAAUCGUUUAUAAAUUAUAACAAUAUACUAAAUAUAUAUAUAUAUAUAUAUAUAAUAUCUAUAUCAAUAUCAUUAUUUACAAAUAAUAAGCUCUAUAUUUGUUUUUCAUUGAUUAUAUACUAUAAUAUAUUAAUUAUUAUAAUUUAUGGAUAAUAAAUUGUGUAAUAUAUAUUAUUACAAUAUUAUAAUUGUUGUAAGGUCAUUUAUGACAUUGUCGUUCAUUUUAAUUUCACUUGACGAUUUUAUUAACGUUUUAAAUUUGACGAUUUUGAUUCCGUAUAUAACUUGGAUUAAUAAACCUUCAGUGAGAUCCCUCAAUCCGUCAUCCUUAUAAAAUUUUAAUAACUAAGACAAAUUUUAGUAUAAAAGUCAAAAGAUUUAUGCCGUUCAAAGUGAAAUUAUUUUAAGAACCAGCUAUUACUUGAUUUUAAAUGUUCUACACUAUUAAUUUUUUUAUGGAAGACAAUUAUUUUUUUAACAUCUAAAGCUCUAUAUAUUAUUAAACAAAUUCCAAGAGGUUGUUCUUAUAAACCAUCUAACUCGGAAGCCUUAGUGUUUACAUAAGAGAAAGGUAUAUCGCGAAAUCGAGUGCCUUUUGCAAGGCUAUCAGCUCGGAAAAUAAUGGUUUUAUUUUUUCUAAAUUAGGUAUGUGAAUCCAAUCAUCUUCCUUUCUUAUGUAAAUGAAUCACACAAUUACUGUUUCAAGUAUUCAAGUAAGUGUUUCUAACUUCUCUGCAUUUUGUAAAACUUUUCGAUUCUUAAAUAGCUCAGAAAUUUGUAUCAUCUAUGCUAUAUGCUUGAUAAGCUACAAACCUUUAGUAGUUUGAUACAAACACUGGUAUGGCAUGCCAAAUUCAUUGGCAAUGUGUUCCCAAAUUAUAUCAGAUACAAUAAUUUGAAAAUCUGAUUUAAAAAUAUAUGUAAUGAUUUGUGAUGUAUAUAUAGUAGUGAUUCAUGUAUAUUUAUAUGCUAGUUAUUGGAUGUAUACUCAUUAUAUUCUUUGUUUAUCAUUGAGAAAGUAGAGUAACCAUUUUUGGAAGAAAUUUCAAUUUCUUUCUAUUGUAAGAAGAAAAUUAAGGGGUAGUAUUGGAUCCGUAGUAGGCAAAAAUAACUCGUCUGAUAGAGGAUGCUACCAAAUAAUCUUUCCAUCUAAUUUUAGUGUGGUUAUAAGAGAAACAAGAAUGUAAGAAAAAAAUUAAAUUCGAUGAAAAUAACUAAAAUUUCUUCAGUUUGUUUAUCCUUCCGUUUUUAGUGUCUUCUUGGAUAAUUAAAAUCUCGUCAACAAACUAUUUUAUUCUGGUAGUUUAACUACUAAAUUUCACAUGAAAAUCACUUAGUAUGGACUCACCAGGUGUAUCAGAUCCUUGAAGCAUAUUACAGUCAAUAUUUCAAGUUUAAUAUUAAGAUUGUAUACAUUUUUCUUUGUUUAACAUUAUUUAUUAUAUAAUUACAAGUUAAAUAUUAUAUAAAUAACUCUACAACCGACAAUUUUACAUUUCUUAAGAAGAUUUACAUUUGACUGUACCAUAAUUUUGAGUUGCUUUAUGAAAUUUUACGUUGGAUGAUUUCAGUUGCACUAUGCUGAAGAUUUCAUAUAAAUAUUUUUUCAUUAAUUUACAUAAUCGUUAAUAAACAGAAAUCUCAGAAACCCAAAAUUCAUAUCUCAUAGUACAGAAAUAUUAAUGAAUAUUCAGUUAAAUCACUAUACCAAAUAGUAUUUAAUUAUUGUUUGUUUAGAUAGUACAUAAUUACGUACAUUUGAGUCAUCUUUAUUUUAGAAAAUGUUCUAAACUACAUUUAGUUUUGAACAGCAUAUGUUAAUUUCUUAACAGGUAUAGAUUGGUUUUCCUAACAAUAUCAAAUAUGUUUUUUUUGUCAGCAGUAUCCAGACAUCAUUUAACUAUAUUACAUUUUCUUCAAUUAAAACAUUAAUUAAGGUUUGUGCUAGUAUUGUUGUUAUGUUUUCAACCAACUUCAAAUCCAAUCAUCCAUGCGGGUCGACAAAGGAGCCAUAUUUAGGUAUUUUCCUUAAUCGAUUUGCUUAAAGUCCUUUUCUAAUUUAAUUUAGAUUAUAACUUAAUGUCCUUUUCAAACGACAAACUCUAAACGCAGUUAGCAUCGCCUUAAUUUACUCUUAUAGUUCACAGUUUGCAUGUUUUUUUCUGGCAAAGUUUGCAAUUCAAUAAUUAAUAUGUUGUUUAAUAAAUGAGGAAAUGCAACUUCAUCCUUAUUAUUUUGGGUAUUUGAUAUCAAAGAUUCGCGGAGUGAGAAGAGAUGAGAUUUGUAGUCGUUACAAACAAUGCGUUUCUUAGUCUCCUGACGUUGAUCCAUGUGGAAGUGUACUCUUGUUCCUGAUUUCCAUAUGAAUUCUAAAUAAUUGAUAUGUUGUUUCGAAUUUCAGUAAUUAAACUUCUAAUUCCACUUCUACUAAAAUAUAAAAAAUAUAUUUUAUUCCACUUCUACUAAAAUAUAAAAACUAUAUUUUCUGUAACAUAUAUUUGUAUGUAAGUUACAAAAACAUAUUAUAUUCAUAUGUAAUUAGAUAUUCAACUAAAGGUAGUUUGGUUUAUAGUGGAUGUUUCAAUGGCCUCGAUUUCAUCGAAGUACGUAAUAGGGGAAUCGUCAGCCUUUUGGAGUGAAAGUUGUAAGCGUUCUAGAGAGUUUUUACAUGCAAAAAGAGUUCUUGGCCCUAAGGAUAUACACUUCCACGUAGAUCAAUGUCACGAGACGAAGCUCUAUAUAUACAGGUAGAGAAGCGCAUUGUUUGUAACGACUACAAAUCUCUUCUCACUUUGAAGAAAACCACGAACCUUUGAAAUCAAAUACCCAGAAAAUAAGAAUGAAAUUGCCUUUUCUCAUUCUCCUUCUGAUAGCGACGUGGUUUACAAAAAACGUUAUUUCUCCUUCUCCUGAAUCUCGACUACUUGAUAGAAGUGAUUUUCCAGAUGAUUUCAUUUUUGGAACUGCAACGUCGGCCUUUCAGACCGAAGGUGCAACUAGUGAAGGUGGGAAAUCCCCAACUAUUUGGGAUUACUUCAGCCACACUUUUCCAGAAAGAACAAAUAUGCAGAAUGCAGAUGUGGCAGUCGAUUUUUAUCAUCGUUAUAAGGAUGACAUCAAAUUGCUGAAAGAGCUAAAUAUGGACUCUUUCAGAUUUUCAAUUUCGUGGGCUAGGUUAAUACCCAGUGGAAAGGUAGAGGAUGGAGUAAAUAAAGAAGGUUUACAGUUCUAUAACGCUCUCAUCGACGAACUUCUUGCUCAUGGGAUUCGACCUUCGGUGACUCUCUAUCACUGGGACCAUCCUCAAGCUCUCGAGGACGAGUAUGGUGGUUUCUUAAGCCCUCAAAUAAUAGUUUGUUUUGAAAACUUCGGAGAUAAAGUUAAGUUGUGGACAACUAUAAAUGAACCAUCCGUUAUAAGUAUUGCGGGGUAUGACACGGGCAACAAAGCAGUUGGAAGGUGCUCGAAAUGGGUGAAUAAUAAGUGUCAAGCCGGUGACUCGGCAACCGAGCCUUACAUUGUAUCACAUCAUCUUCUUCUUUCUCAUGCAGCGGCAGUACAAGAGUUCCGAAAAUGUAACAAGACUUCAAAAGAUGGUAAGAUUGGGAUUGUGAUAUCGCCUCCGUGGCUUGAACCUUACGACUUCACUUCAUCUGCCGACAAACAUGCUGUUGAACGAGGCCUUACCGUAGAAAUAGAUUGGCAUCUAGAUCCGGUAGUUUACGGCGAUUAUCCAAAAAUCAUGAAAAAACACGCCGGUAGUAGAUUACCUUCUUUCACAGCAGAACAGUCAAAGAUGUUAAGAAAUUCAUAUGACUUCAUUGGAAUAAACUAUUACACUGCACGCUUCGUCGCUCAUCGUCCUCACAUUGACCCUGCACUGCGUCGAUUUAGGACUGAUCAUCAAUUUGAGAGGAAAGAAAAAAAUCAUAGUAACCACCUAAUUGGACCAGGGGAAAAUCGAGGCGUACUCUACUACUCGUACCCAGAAGGUUUUCGAAGACUUCUAAACUACGUUAAAGAUAAAUACAAUAAUCCUAUCGUCUAUAUAAAAGAGAACGGAAUCAAUGACUACGAUGAUGGUACAAAAUCACGAGAUGAGAUUCUCAACGAUACAUUUAGGAUAAGCUAUCAUACGGACCACCUUCAACAACUCCAUAAAGCUAUAAUAGAUGAUGGAUGUGACGUCAGAGGAUAUUACACGUGGUCGUUACUGGACAACUUUGAAUGGGAGCAUGGAUACUCUACUAGAUUCGGUCUUUACUACAUUGACCGCGAAAACGAUCUUAAACGGUAUCCUAAAGAUUCCGUCCACUGGUUCAAACAGUUUCUCAAUAUACCGGUGCUAAAAGGUGAACAAACAGAGAAUGAAGAAGGUUGGAAGGAAGAAAAUAAUAACAAGACUUUGGAUGAUUCAGAAGGUUUUGAGACAUCGAUUGAUUCUAUUAUAAAUCUCAUGACAAACACAUCGAGAAUAGAAGAAGAGGGAAAAGAUAUCUGCGCUUUUGAGAAUCCUAAUGAUCAGCUCGGUUUCUUGUUGGGGCCGCAAAGUUAUUUGGAACUCUAGAGAAUCUUUUGUGAACGAGACUUAGACUUUGAACGUGUGAUGUUUUUGGCUACUCUAUGUAUGUUACCAAUAAGCGGAAUAUCCAGCCGACAUGCAUGUAUUCGUGAUUAUAGACUGUAAUCACAUUUAAGUGCAUAUAUAUAUGUUCGUGUUUGUAAUUGGAAGUGACUCCUAUGAGAUUUUUGUGUAAGAGAUAUCACUUAUCUCCCUUGAGGAUCUCCAAUGAAAUCGAUUCCUCUGUUAAUGUCUAACCUACGUUCUUUGUAUAUAUAACCCCUCUUGUAUUAUGAGAAAUUUAUAGAAAAUACAUUCUUAACAUUUUGAACAAAGAGAAGCUAAUCAAAAAUGAGGACCAAAACAAAACAGAGACUUGUUACAAAAGUAGAUCUUAACCGUUACCCAACACCUACUUUUAGUUAGAUAAUCUUGUAACUUAAAGCGUUUGCCAAUAUCUAAAGAGAGGGUCAAAAAUGAAAUAUGUCAUUGAUGGAAUUCGAAUUUAACUGUUGGAAACUGAUCACACCGUUGAAUAUUAAGCAUGCAGUGUCCUAUACAUCUACACAAAAUUUCAGGCAGAUCAGGACACGAACGAACCUUCCACGUUCUCUUGAGGUUGCUGCAACAGACCAGUUUUCUGAAUUACUGCAUAUUCAAAUGAUUUUGGACCAACCUACAAAGCAUGUUAUGCACUCAGUUUAACUCCGAUUGAUAAGCUUUUACUUUCUACAGCUUCCCUGCAGUUAUAAAUUUCCAUAGAAAUCUUAUUCACCAUCGGAGUUUCUCUGAUCCGCCUUGCAAAACCCUUCCAUGAAACUGUAGAACAGUUUGUGCAACCUCGUGGUUUCUUAGUUCAGAAAAGAAUGACUUUCUCUCAAGUUACAGAUCAAAUUUCGGAUAGAGUUUACCUUUUAAUGAUGAUCCGUCAACUGAUAUGGAUUCUAUGCAAUUCGUCCUUUCUAUAGACAACUUGUUCUUGAUCUGAUCUCCACUCUCCCUCUCUCUAACAUGUUAAAUUUUGAUUAUUAGUGUAUUAUUUUUUAUAAUUAAGUAUUUCUAAUAAUUUUUGACCAUUAUAAUUUUAAAAAACACAAUUACUUCUUUAAAAUUUACAAUUUACUUUUAAAUAAUACAUAAGUAGAAAUAUGUUUUUUUAAUAUUUUGUUUCUUCUAAAAGGUGGAUCUUUUUUCGUAAAAUAUUAGAUUAAAGAUAGAUUUACAAGAGUUCUUCCAUAAAGCCGAUAAAUGACUAAUCUUUUUCGGAGCCACGAGCCGGUGUGAUACAAGUUACAUCCAGAGACACACGAUGAUACAAUCCAAACUUAAAAAAAACAAACAAGUAAAAAAGAAGCUAGAAGCAUUACUGGAACUAAAUAUGAACUUCAAGAACGAUGAAGCUGAUCUGAACCGGAAGCAGGAUUGAGAGGAAAAGCGAAACACGCCUAAAUUAUUAGAGUUAAGCUGAAAUCUCCACCAAUGUUCCCUUAGAAACCAUACAAUCAAACUACCACACUUACCACUUCUUCGAACAAAAGAAGCCACUAGAGAACAAGCCAUAUUCGAGAGGAAUUAUUUAGUUUUUCAGAGUUAAUUUAUCUGCCAGCCUCCACGUAGGUGGUAAACAAAAAAUCUUUAAUAACAGGUCGUGUCCUUGUUCCCAGAACAAAUAACCAACGUAUUUGCACAUAUUAUCAUAUGAGGGGUUGUAUCCGAAAGCUGUAAAACGGAGCUACAUAUAUUCCUGAGUUAUUAAUAUCAUUAACCUUCAAACUAAAAGAAAAACUUGUUAAACUUAUUGAACUUAUUGUUUUUUCAGUUAAAAGCCUAUAUAAAAAAGGGCUAACUCGCUUUUUAAGACCGGAAAACCAUGACUUUUCUUUUUCUUGAGAAUAGUUGGUGAAGUAAAAUAUAAACAAAGAAAAGGAAACGACUAACAUGUGUUAAAUAUUAUGUCUUGCAUGUUUUGCGUUGGUUGUUUGACUUAAUCUACUCUGAAUAUUAAGUUAGAAUUUCAGUCUUUACAUAUCUUUAUGACUUUAUCUAUUUACACAGAAUUUAUAAAAGGUUUUUCUUUAAAACGUGUGUUUAAAUAUUUAAUUUUCAUUGUUGACGUCGGCACGUAUCUUCUUCAUAUAGCUCAUGCUAGCCACUCCGGGACCGAGACCCACCAUUGUCGCCGUUGGAUCUAUCUGCCGCAGCCAUAUCCAGACCUAAGGUCCCAUCGCCUCCGUUUCACCCAGAUUCCAGCGACGCCAAUGAUGAUGAAUACGAACAAAAUAAAUUCAAAUUCAAAUUUAGUGGUUACAAAUUUAUAUUAAAAAAGCUGUCGCAAAUAUCUACAAAUUGCAGGAUGAAACAAAGAACGUGGUUACCAAAUUACCAAUUCAUCUCAAAUUUGAUAAUGCUUGCUGCAACCAGUCAUUUUACGAUGAGCACAUAUAUAGUUAUCGUGUGGGUUAUGUGACAAAAACUAAAAAAAAAUUGAUAUUAAAUUUUACGUAAUAACUACAGAAAAAUCUGUAUCUAUUGUUGAAUUUUUUUUUCUUGUUGUGUUUUACUUGGUAAUAUGGUAUCCCCAAAAAAUAUUAUCAUAAAUAGCAAUGAAAUUCUUUGAAUAAAAUUACGUCAAAACUUAUUAUAAUCGCAACUCUAUUAUAGGAGCAAUCUCAUCAGUUUGAACCCCACUUAGGUAUCUUAAAAGGUAUACAAUAGUAUUGUAAUAAAUUAUAUUUAAAUAAUUAAAUUAUCAUUUAAAAAAAUCUAAAAAAAAUAGAAAGAAGCUAUCUGGAAUUUGACUAUUAGAUAAGAUUCUUAAAAACUUAUAUUAAGAACUGUUUUUUACUUUUUCUUACUUCUUUUAAUUUUUUUAAUAUUUAUAAUUAUAAUCUUUAGAUAUUUUGUGAAAGCUUCCCACUGGAGCUGCUUUAAUGUUCUUGUUAACCAUGAAGUUUUGAUAUUGGUCCAUAACCGCCAGCAAAAAUAAAUUUCUAUUAAAACUCCAAUGUGAUAAAGUGGAAUAUGCAUGAAAGAGUCUUGCUGAAUCGCCAGGAUAUCAUUCUAAUUUGCAUUUGAUCACGGUCUUUGCGCUGAAUAGCUCCAUAGACUGCAACAUAAAUCAGCUGGAUUCGAUGUUUGUGGAAUAAUAAUGAUGGCAUAAAUAAUAGUUUUCUUUAAGAAAGCCAAUUUUGUUUUGGGUUGACUUUAAUCUUUUGAAAAUUAUUCCAUCCUGAAAAGUAUUGAUUUUGUCGUUCUUCUAAGAAACGUAUAAUUAAUUUUAUUUUCUCCGGAAUCCUUUUUCAAAGUUUUUUUGGAUUAAAUGUUAAAUAUCUUAUUUUAAAGUUGGGCAAAUUAUAGCAUAUGCAAGAAAAUCAUUUCGGUGGAGUGACUCAUCGUCACCUUAUGAAAACAUGAAAAGAGACUACAUACAAAUAUUCCUCAAUUUAGUUAAAUACAUUAAAAUUUUGAAUUUUUUAGAACAUUAAAAAAAAUUGGAUUUAUUUUUAAGAGAAUCCCUGAUGAAAAUUGAGUCUUUUAAUAAAAAAUUUAUCAUUAAAUACUAAAUAUUAAAAACAAAUAAAAGAGGAAAAUUGAACUUCUUAAAAAAAAAUUAGAUCUGAUCGGAAUAAAUUGUAACUUUAUAUUUUCUGUUGUAGAAUUUAAGUCAUAUCUAUUUUUUUGUAAGUUUCUUUUGCUGCUGUAAAUUCGUAAAACACUAUUUCGUUUAGAAAUAAAUUUUUCUUUAGUAAAAAGUGAAAAUAAAAUUUGCUACAACAAUUUAUUUUAAGAGAUUUUUGCUGUCUUUAUCUAUUGUUGAAUUUUUUUUUCUUUUUGUGUCCUACUUGGUAAUAUGGUAUCCCCAAAAAAAUUAUCAUAAAUAGCAAUAAAAUUCUUUGAAUAAAAUUACGUUAAAAUUUAUUAUAAUCGUAACUCUAUUAUAAGAGCAAUCUCAUCGGUUUGAACCCCACUUGGGUAUCUUAAAAGGUAAACAAUAGUAUUGUAAUAAAUUGUAUUUAAAUAAUUAAAUUGUCAUUUAAAAAAAUUUUUAAAAAAGAAAGAAGCUAUUUGGAAUUUGACUAUUAAAUAAGAUUCUUAAAAACUUCUAUUAAGAACUGUUUUUUACUUUUUCUUACUUCUUUUAAUUUUUUUAAUACUUAUAAUUAUAAUCUUUAGAUAUUUUGUGAAAGCUUCUCACUUGAGCUGCUUUAAUGUUCUUGUUAACCAUGAAGUUUUGAUAUUGGUCCAUAACCGCCAGCAAAAAUAAAUUUCUAUUAAAACUCCAAUAUGAUAAAGUGGAAUAUGCAUGGAAAGGGUGAGAGUCUUGCUGAAUCGCCAGGAUAUCAUUCUAAUUUGCAUUUGAUCACGGUCUUUGCGCUGAAUAGCUCCAUCGACUGCAACAUAAAUCAGCUGGAUUCGAUGUUUGUGGAGUAGUUUUCUUUAAGAAAGCCAAUUUUGUUUUGGGUGGACUUUAAUCUUUUGAAAAUUAUUCCAUCCCGAACAGUAUUGAUCUUGUCGUUCUUCUAAGAAAUCGUAUAAUUAUUUUUAUUUUCUCCGAAAUCCUUUUCAAAGUUUUUUUUGGAUUAAAUGUUAAAUAUCUUAUUUUAAAGUUGGGCAAAUUAUAGCAUAUGCAAGAAAAUCAUCUCGGUGGAGUAAAUCAUCGUCACCUUAUGAAAACAUGAAAAGAGACUACAUACCAAUAUUCCUCAACUUAGUUAAAUACAUUAAAAUUUUGGAUUUUUUAGAAC